AUGUCUCUCUCUCUCUCUCUCUGUCUAGUUUGCUAUAUUUUAGUUGUCUCUCUUCUCUUCAGAAAUUUGUGCUCUUUCUCUCUUUCUCAAUUUCUCUCUUUUUUAAUCCUUUUAUUUUCUUUCUCCGCUUUCUUUUUCAGUUUCUCUUUUUCUCUCCUUUUUUCCAUUUCUCUUCCCCCUCUUUUUAAUUUCUCUUUCCACUUCUUUUUUUACCCUCUCUUUAUCAUUCCCCCUGUCUUAUUUUGUAUAUCCCCCCUUUUUUUUCAAUUUUUCUUUACCCCUCUUUUUCAGUGUUUUCUUUACUCCCUCUUUUUUCUCUUUUCUCUUUUCCUUCUCUUUUUCUCUUCCUCUUUUCUUUACUGUUUUUCAUUUUCUCUUUCCCUCUUAUCUUCAGUUUCUCUUUCCUCCUCCUUAUGUAGUUUUUCUUUUCCGUCUCUUUUUUCUUUUCCCUUUUAUUCCUCUCUUUUCAGUUCCUCCAUCCCCCCUUCUUUUUUAGUUUCUCUUUUUUUCUCCCUCAUUUUCAGUUCCUUUCCCCACCUUUUUCAAUUUGUCAUUUACCCACUUUAUCAGUUUUCAGUUAUAAUUUCUUUCUUUCUUCCUCUAAUGAUUUCUCUCUCUCUCCAUGUCUAUCUCAUUCCCUCUUUCUCUUUCAGUUUCUUUUUCUCUCCCAAUAUUCCUCACUAUUUUUCUUUCAGUUUAUCACUAUCUUCUUUCUUUUACUCACUUUUUUCUUUACUUCCUCCUUUUACAGUCUCUCUUUUCUCUACUGUCGUGCUUUUCUUUUCCCCUCUUAUCCUUCCUUCUUUAGUACUUCUUCUCCUUCACCUUCUUCUUUGCUUUCCUCCUCCUUUUUCACACUCCUCAAUCUUCUUUUGUGCUCUCUGCCUUCUUCUCCUGCAAUCUCUUUCAUUCUUCUUUUGUCUUGCUUUCUCUCUCUUCAUUUUUAUCCAAUUUUACUUUUACCUUCUCGUUUCUAUCUUUCUUCUCUGUUUUUCUUUUUCUGGAUUUUUCUCCUUACUCAUUGUCUCUUUUUUUCUUAUUCAUUUCCAUUUUUGUGCCCACCUUUCUAAUACUCUGCUUUUCUUUCUUCACUUUUUUUUUUUAUUGCUAUUUGACACUUUUACCUUUUUCCUUCCUAGACACAUUUAUUUUUUCCUUCCUUCUUGCAUAAUCUUAGUUCGUUAUUUCUUCUUUUGCAUGUGA